CUGCUGGCUGGACCCACAAUGAAAAUGCUUGUCCUUUUGCUGCUGGUGCUCCUGGACCUGGGGCAGACCCAUGGAGCACUCCACAGGGUGCCCCUCAGGAGGCAUCAGUCCCUCCGGAAGAAGCUUCGGGCACAGGGCCAGCUCUCUGAGUUCUGGAAAUCCCACAAUUUGGACAUGAUCCAGUUCACCGAGUCCUGCACAAUGGACCAGAGUGCCAACGAGCCCCUCAUCAAUUACUUGGAUAUGGAAUACUUUGGCACCAUCUCCAUUGGCUCCCCGCCACAGAACUUCACGGUCAUCUUUGACACUGGCUCCUCCAACCUCUGGGUCCCCUCUGUGUAUUGCACCAGCCCAGCAUGCAUGACACACGCCAGGUUCUACCCUUCCCAGUCCAACACAUACAGUGCGUCAGGAAGUCAUUUCUUCAUUCAGUAUGGGACUGGGAGUUUAUCUGGAGUCAUCGGAGCCGACCAAGUCUCUGUGGAAGGACUGACUGUGGUCAGCCAGCAAUUUGGAGAAAGUGUCACGGAGCCUGGCCAGACCUUUGUGAGUGCCGAGUUUGAUGGGAUUCUGGGCCUGGGAUACCCUUCCUUGGCUGUUGGAGGAGUCACCCCUGUAUUUGACAACAUGAUGGCCCAGAACCUGGUGGAUGUACCCAUGUUUUCUGUCUACAUGAGCAGUGACCCCGAAGGUGGCACAGAGAGCGAGCUGGUUUUCGGAGGCUAUGACCACUCUCAUUUCUCUGGGAGCCUGAACUGGGUCCCGGUCACCAAACAAGGCUACUGGCAGAUUGCACUGGACACAAUCCAGGUGGGAGGCGCUGUGAUGUUCUGCUCAGAGGGCUGCCAGGCCAUUGUGGACACAGGGACCUCCCUCAUUACAGGCCCCCCAGACGAGAUCAAGCAGCUGCAGAAGGCCAUUGGGGCAGAGCCCAUGGAUGGAGAAUAUGUUGUGGAGUGUGACUACCUCAAUGUUAUGCCAGAUGUCACCUUCACCAUCAAUGGAGUACCCUACACCCUCCAACCAACUGCCUACACCCUGCUGGACUCUGUGAACGGAAUGGAGUUCUGCCCCAGUGGCUUUCAAGGCCUUGACAUCCAGCCUCCAGCUGGGCCCCUCUGGAUCCUGGGCGAUGUCUUCAUUAGACAGUUUUACUCUGUCUUUGACCGUGGGGAUAAUCGUGUGGGUCUGGCCCCAGCUGUCCUCUAAAAGGGGCCUUGCGUCUGUACCUGCCUGUUCUGCGGACACCCCUUGGAAAUCCAGCUGGGCCUGUUAGGUUGGGGCAUUCUUCACACCUGGAAAAAGCCAUUUUCAAAUGAACGCACUUGUUCCAGAGCUACAACUUGAAUUAGGACCAAACAGAGCAUGAGAACACACACACACACACACACACACACACACACACACACACACAUCCACUUCACACAUUCCCAUAUACAUACCACUGCUAUCGCCAUCACGAUGGAGGAGCUAAGUGGUGUGUCCAUACUUUUUAUUGCUUUUUGCUAACAUGUUAUUAUGGAAAUCUCCAAACAUGUACAGAAGCAGAAAUUAUAGUGCAGUAAAUCCCUGUGCACCCUCAUCCAACUUUCACAACCAAACCACACUAGUCAGGCCUGUUUUAUCUGUACCGCCACCCACUUCUCUCUCCAGCCCUGUAUAUCUGCAUUAUUUUGAAGCAAAAUUGUAGCAUCACAUCAUAAAUCAUCACAUCAAGGAUUUAUCCAUAAGUCCUUCUAACAUUCUUAAAUACACAGUCAGUGUUCAAAUGUU